AUGUCAAUAACUUUGUAUAAAAGGUGUUUAAAAUUACACAAUUUCUCCCUCUCUUUCCUUCAAUAUAAUCAGAAAUUACUUGAUUUCUCACAUAAUUCAUAUUUUCCUUUAUUUUUAAGAGCAUUAUCCAAUAUUUCUGGUUCUAAGAAUUUAAAAGACACUAAAACCAUAAAUUUGACCUAUGAAAAAGUCUCUGAUCCUGAUUUUGACGAUUUUGAUGAAGAUGAGCCUUUGUAUCCAGAACCGUUUAAUGAAGUACAAAAUAUUUCAUUAAGCAAAUUAAUUUCAUUUAGAAAUUCACUGUCCCAAUCUGAAGAACCUCAUUCUGAAUCAGAAGUUGAAAAAAGUCAAAUAGAAGACUUAAAACUACGUAAACUUGAUGUUCAUGAUGAAAGUCCAGUUAAAAAUGGGUUGAACGACCUAGAUUUAAAGUCUAGGAAUGAGAGGAUUUCUGAGUUUUUGGAGAAGAUUUUGAGGGAAAAGGUGAAUAGGAAGUGUUCAGUUUCAUUUUUUGGAAGUGCAAUAAAUGGACUUUGGACAGAUGGUAGUGAUUUGGAUGUCUGUGUCCAAAUCCCAAAUGUCAACUCAAGAAGUGCAACGAUAAGGAAUUUGAGGCGUAUUUCAAAUGUUCUUACACCAUUAUCACCCAGUAGAAUAUUUCAAAACAGGUUCACUGCUAAAAUACCAAUCCUACACUGGAAAAGAGAUUAUAUCAAAACACCAAAUACACUGUACGAUAGUCUAAAUACUCAAGAGAAAAUGUAUUUUGAAUGUGAUGAUAUACCAUCAAUUGAUAUAUCAGUAAAUAAUGAUUUAGCAAUAAUAAACAGUAUUUUAAUAGGAAAUUAUGUAUCAUUUGAGCCUAGAGUUAGGGAUUUGGUCCUUUUUCUUAAACUUUGGGCUAGGAAUAGGAAUAUAAACAACAGAUCUGAGGGAACUUUAAGUUCAUUUGCUAUAUCUCUAAUGUUAAUACAUUUUUUACAAAACUGUGAUCCGCCAUUAUUGCCCUCAUUACAGGAUUUAGCAUUUUCAACAAAUGAGGAACCAAAAUAUAUUUCAGGUGUCGAUUGUAGAUUCUCAACUGAUUUUAACAAGAUCAAGUCAGAACUAAACUAUAUAACAAAGUCCAAGAGAAAUAAUUCAGAUAACAAAACACUCUUGACACAAUUUUUCAAAUACUUUGGCUGGUAUAAUUUGUAUGCACAAAAUAAACCAAUCCUCAUUAGAAGUGUUGAUUUAUCAGAAUUUAAUACUGAGAAUUCUAUAAUCAAUGAACCAUAUUUACAUGUGGAUAACCCAUUUGAAGUCGGGGUUGAUGUGGCCAAUAUUGCUAUUCACCAAAGAACUAAAAUUACUAACGAAUUUAGAAAAGCAUAUCACUCACUAAAAAGUGGAAAUUCACUCUCCACAUUACUCAACAAUUUUUAA